AAUAACGAAGACGACGACGACGACGACAACAACCAAAGCAAGCAAUCGACGCCGCACACAUUACCACUUAAAGAAACAAACACUUGACACAAAAUGGGCAUCUGGGGCAGCGUAAAAAGGAAGGCCGAGCAGACUAAGAUGCAGGCCAACAUCCUUCUGGCGAAGCGAAACAUCGAGAAGCGCAAGAAAAAGUUUGGCAAGGAAUUUUACAAUAUCCUGACGAACGACAAGCAAAAGCUCCUGGGCGGCACCGUCUCGGCGGGAAGCCUCUCGGUGUUCAAGAAGAACGGGAAGGAAGACCCUCUGAAGGAUGCCUUUGAAAAGUGCCACGAAGACAUUCGUGGCAUGAAGGCCAGAAUGGACGAACUCCAGCGAAAGAUCGAUGUGAUGGAAGUCAAGGGAAGCCACACCAUGCCGGACGGCACGAUGGGCCAGAAGGUCAAUAAGACGGGGAAAAUGAUCUCGGACRCCGGCAUAUCCACCAAAAUCCAGGCUCAGAUGGCCCUCAUCGAUCGAGAGAUGUUGAUACGGAAGGAAAACUUUGGUCUCGAGGCGUACGACAUGGUGAAGAGCACAGAGGACAAGAGCAAGAAAGGAAUCAAGGGAAACAUCUCUAAGGCCCUGGUAAGCCUGUCGGAGCAAGAAAAAGAGAUCCAAAAGGUCGUCGAUACGGCCAAGAACGAUGUUGAGGUGCUCGAGGGCAAGAUUAAGUCGAUGGAACGGCAAAUUUCGUUCCUUUCGGAUCCUUCCGAAACCUCCGAAACCCAAGCGCUUGCCGACAAUCAAUAAUCUGUGCAGAUUCUUCUUCUUUGAACCUUCUGUCUCCCGAAUUAGUUAGUGGAUAAAUGGAGGAUUUGGUUCCAUUUCAUUUCUUUCCGGUGAGAACAGAUGCGCUGACCGGUCACAAGAGAAAAUCUAAAGUAGYAUGCGAAGACACCAAAAGUUCAUGUUCACAACAAAAGCAACUUUUUCUAUUUCGAAUCUGUUGCAUUUCACGGUUGCAAUCCAUUUGUAUCUAUCCUAUGUCACGAAAAAAAGUUCGAAGCAGAAUGAAUUCCGUAAUCGUAA